CGGGACCAAAUAAUAAUUUGAUAUUUUAUGUAACUACCUAUACCUAUUAUCGAGCUUUAAGAACUUCUCAAGUUUCCAAUUCACAUACAGGAGAUGCGGUCAAACUGAUCUAUAGCGCCAAAAUGUUAUUAUCACGAGUUCGCAUAGCACCUACUUAUAGGACAUUACUAUCACAUAGGGGUGUCUCUACGUUAAGCACCAAUCCCUAUAUAAAAGUUUUCCCCAAUGCCUCAGUGGACAAUGGGCAUCUACUCACAUAUCUCAAUACCAAUCCGCCAAAGCCUAGGUUAGCGAUUGGCUCUACAACCACAUUGCCCCCAACACCCAAUUCCUUUUCCGAGAACCGCGAAUUUCUAUCUAUCUUAACAGAUGUCCUCCGCAAAUAUGCCGCGCAAGACCCCGACCUUCUAUCCCAAGCCAAAACUUUCGCCGGCCCGGGCGGCGCAACUCUUGGCUCAGGCGGGGCAUUCUUUCCCCAGCAAAGAAAGGAGCGUAGUACAAAAAGGACAGCCGCUGGACUAGGUGGAGGAGGUGGUGCUGGCGGGGACGGCGCUGGAGGAGCGAGUGCCCAAGGGGGUGCUGGAGGUGCCGGAGUCGGAGGGUAUAUCCAUCUCAGUGACCAAAGAAAUCCACCUGACUACGGCCGAAUUGCGUGGCCAGAAGAUAUUCUUGGUAGCAUCGAAGUUGAUGCGUCCGGAAACAUAGUAGGAGAAUUCGAGCCAAGUGGCACAUAUCGUAUUGUUACCAACGAGGGAAUUUUGGGUUUGAGCGAUUUUCUCAGGACAAAACUUGUUGAAAAGCUAAAAGAGGAGGAGAAGAAGCUGUGACACUGUAUUAGUGAUAUUGGUGUUGGGAACGUUCGAGAAGACUCGAGACACCCUAAACCAUGGCGUACUCGACUACAUGUUGGGUAAGUAGGCAUGUAUUAUACAAAAUCCACUGAACAUAAAU